AUGCCUCGAAAGAAAGGCCGUUCAAGUAAGGACAUUGCAGGGGAGCAAUUGCGUAGGGCGAGUGACAGGUGGGGGACGCUUGCAGAGCAAGUGGAAAAACAAAUUGCAGGGCUAGAAAAUGGCCAAUCUGGAGCGGAUGUCGCUAGCCUUGUUGAUCUUCUCAGCAGAGGACGAGGAUUGGUACAGUUGGAGAAGGACAAACUGUCGCAGAUUGCUCAGUGGGUGAUUGAAGGUGGUGACAACGAGACGGUGUGCCGAUAUUUCAUUUUUCUGCACGAUCUUGGAGAGCUUGACGUUUUCAAAAGUCAUUUGAAGUUGAUAAUAGAGAGACUCGGCAGGAAACACCCGUUGGAGCUAGCGGAUAUCAACUUGAUCAUACGAGUGUGUCAGUCGAGUGAACAACGUGCAUUUUUACGCAAGAUUGGGUUUCUUGCACGGUUUAAGAACGAUGCAAGUUUUGAGUUUUUAAGAUCGCAUAUCUACAAAGAUGUCUGUCAGCGAGAACUGCAGGUUCUAUUAGAGUUCAAGGAUAUAUACCUCUAUCCAAACAUUGCUGAGCUCCAGCGGGACUUUCACAAGUUUCAACAAUUUGUGUCCAAGGGGACGGUGAAGGCAUUACUUGAGAAACUUGAUAUACACCCAGACUCUGACCCGGAACUCUGUGCCUGGCUCGCGGUCGGCACCUGUGAGCCUGUACCUAGUGUAGCAGAUGUUGCGUUCAGCUCAGCGGAGGAGCUAGUUGCGCGCUCGUGGUUGCAAGAGGUAGCAAAGGCCGACGAAAAGGAAACCGCAUUUGUGGAGACCGUGCUGAGACGGGUUCGAGUCGGUACGAGCAAGUACUCAGCCGACGUGAACAGAAUCACUAUUGUGAAAACACAUGGAGGCCUUUCAAAUGACAAACUUAUUUGUGAGGCUAUACUGAGCCACAAGGGAGAAAGUCUCAAUGAGAAGGAAUGGAUCGGUCAGGGAGUAUUGAUUGGCAAGAGCAACACCAGAUACACAUCUAACCAGAUAAACCACAUCAAGGGCAACAGUUACCGUGCGAUUGUUGAAGUUGAUGCCUCAGAGAAGAAUAAUUUGGAGACAGUGAAAUAUGCAAUUAGAGUGGCAGGAAAACCCAGAACGCUGGUCGCAAAAUACCCACCAUGGCUGGGAGAGCAGGGAACCGACAGGCUGAAAGUGAUUAACGGUCCAGUGUGUUCAGGGAAGACAACCCUGGUGCGCAACCUGCUGAACGAGACGGAUGGCCGUAUUCUUGUGGUUGCAAAAAGCCAAAGAACUUUGGACUCGUUGAACAUCCCCCAGGAGCCAAGCUUGACUGUUGUGGACGCACUGGCAGCUACAAAGGACCUUGCACAGACUAUGGGAUACGAACCUGAGGAAAUCGAUGGUUUCCAAACAGCCCACGUCUUUUACAAAAAUAUCAUUGAACCAAAAUGGAUACAGUAUUCUCAAGACCCAGAGAACACAGAGUAUCCAUUUGGUUCCACAGAAAACCCGUUGGAACAUUUCAAAGCGCUUAUUCGUCCAAUCAACCAGCUCGAACUGCACGACAUCUCCACUCGGUAUCCAGAAGCUGCGUUCCUGUUCAACAGAGUGGUUGCAACCACUAUCGACAAACUGCCAGGAAAUCUUGUGUUCGACCAUUUGGUGCUCAUGGAUGCUUCACUGGUCAGUCCCUACGAACUGUGCAGUCUACUAAGCGACGACCUGCGCAGCCUGACAGUCGUUGGAAACAGUCUGCUCAACACCAACCAAUCUGCGCUUUCCUUAUUCAACCCCACCCAGACUCUCACCACGCAGUAUGCGAUCCCUCAGGAACUGUCGCAGUUCGCAGUCGAGUCACCUCAAAUCUACACAAACCAAGGAUUCAUGUGUAACAGCUUCUUUGUCGACCUGCUGGGUUCCGAGACAAAGGCAGGCACCCAGUUCCAAAACUUGGAAGAGGCAGAGUUCUGUGCUUUCCUGUAUAUUUACAUGAUCCUUCAAGGUUUUCAACGUGAAGAUAUAGUUAUAGUGACUGCCUAUGCAGCACAAAAACUGCUCAUAGAAGAGAUCAUCCGCUCCAAGUCUGCCGAGCACUCGAUUGAGCCCUGCUCUGUGCUCGUGGCUACGGAGCCAAACGGAGGCAAGUACAAAUACGUUGUUGUUUCGCUAGUUCAGACUACCAGUCCAGGAAUUUGGAACGACCCGUCAACUGUGCUAUCCACAACCCAGCUGGCAACGUCCGGCCUUUACGUGCUGGGCCUCUUUGAGAGGUACCAAGAUACUUUCUACAGCCAGCUACCAUCUGGAGCCUUGGGUCUAGUUCCGUCGGAAAAGCCCGCCAAAUCCCACAAGCGCGCAGCCACCAGCAAGGCCAGCACGAUACAUGCAAAAACAAGCCAGGACCUGCUCCAAAUCAUCAACAACCUAUGUAUUGCAAAAUAA